AUGAUGAAAGACAAUAAUACUAGUUUAGCUCUAAUGCUGGCGUCAUCAGCAGCUCGCGUUUUACUAGAGUCAGUCUUAUUCGAGAGCGAAUCUGAAGGCGAAGAUGAAGAGGUCUUAGAAGAUGCUCAACUUCAAUAUCACAGCGGAGGAAAACCAGUGAGAAUUGAAUUGUAUUAUGAGUCAGUAAUACCUCGGCUAAAUGAUACACAGUUUCAGUCAUUGCAGGUUCAACACUCUCAAAGAAAGAAGGAAAAAUUACUCAAGGUUUGGGUUAUUAUCCUUAAGGAUACGAGUAUUUCUAGUGCCCACUGUACAUGCAUGGCUGGCUUAUCAGAAGUCUGCAGUCAUGUUUCGACAGUUCUAUUCUAUUUACACGCUCGUCCAAAUACCUUGGAAGACAGUGGAACUGACCUAUCCUGCACUGAACAACUUUCACUUUGGCCAGUUCCUCCAAUGAAAAAAGUUGAAAUGCUUAGAAAGCACGCUCCUUGUCUGGAUAAAGAAGAACUUUGUACUAUGUUGACCAAACUUCAGGAAAUCGAUAUUCAGCCUGCAAUUUGUCGAUUAUUGGAGCCAUUUGCAUCCCAGAUGGCGAUGGCAAACGAUGUCUCUCAAAAUUUGCCUCCAAGUUUAGACAACUGGUAUUCUCCAAAUAUGGUCAGCAAAUCAUAUGAGGAAUUGCUAGCCAUAUCCAAAACUAUGGAUUUGACUUUAACUGAGGAUCAAUGCAAAUUUAUUUAG